AAGAGAAUAGCGAUGUCGGAUAGACACAGGCGACGUAGUAGGAAACUUUUGAUGCGCGAGGGGGCUAAUGCUAAUACACAAAAGAUUGGUAAGGAAACUACUAAAGUUUUACUAGAAGAAGAUGACCGUGAGCGUGACGACUACGCGAGGAGCGACGGUGAAACUAUUCGUGUCAAGAAGACGGUUGACAAGGAUCAACAUCGACCGAGCACAUACGAGGGUCACCACCCAGGGAGAAGUAAUGAAGACAGCGAAGAUGAACAAGCCUUUGUAUCCGUCAUCGGCUCAGAUGAACUAUCCGUCCCGGCGCAGGCCGACGUCUUGUUGGUUACCGGGAUUCCGUCCGAGGAAGUGCAUGUGCCGCACCUUCGAUUUUUUUUCCGACGACUGGUUGAGGCAUUGCAAUGCCUCUGCUUCCACUACCUGCGACGGCCACAGCGAGAUGUCGCAAUCGAGAGGCUUGUCCAAGAGAAAGAAGCCUUGGAGUUGGAUAAAAACGGAGAAAACAACCAUGCUGGUUCCUCCUCCUCUUCGGACGAAGAUGGCGAUGCACCGUGGUUGCGGGUACGAGCGACCGGCAGAGUCCGGCAAGAAGCGCGACGAGAGCAUGACGCAGAAGUACUAGACAAGGUCAAAGCCACGUCUUCCUCCAUCACCACAUUAAGAACAGAGAAAUGUAUGCAAAGACAGCAAACGAAACGCAAUACACCUUCCGACUCCGACAAGAAAAAAUUACAUUCCAGGUCGAAGAAACCCACGACUUGCUGUAUCGUUUUAGUGAAAAACGCCGACACAUGGGAAAAGCAAUAUGACGGCGUUCUAUGGCGAGACAUUCUCGAGGAUCUCAGCCUCGCGUGUGCGGGCAAAACCUGUCGGAUUACCACUCUGCAGAAAAGUGCAUCGUCAUCGGUGCUUUCGAAUCUGCGAACUUGUUUUGCGGAGUUACGGCCGCCCGCAGUUGGGCUUCCCGAGGGAAAUGUUGGCACGCCGACAGCUUCCGUGAUGCGUCAAAUCCAUCUCUGUAACAUUCCGGCACACGCGGUGCAACGCAUUCUCGGAUCGACAGCUGGCAUUGAGCUGACAAAAACAUCGUCGAGUUCAAGAAGAAGGACUAAAAUGGAAGAUCAUGAAGGUGAGGCAUCAAGCAUAGUGACCACAGCGCCGGCUGCAGCAUCGUCGAAAAUAAGGUCGCAUCAACUAUUCUUGCAAGAAUCUUCUGUCGUGAAUGCGGGUCCUCCUCCUUUUGGUUCGUCAUCUUCAAGCAGCACUUCGCUACUUGAACCAAGACAAGGCUACAAGUACAACCAGACGUUUUUAAGCCAAUCUACCUCUACUCUGCAGCCAGCACACGCUUCAUCUUCAUCCACCCAGCGUGAGCAGGACCAGUUAUCGACAAGCAGCCAUCAAGAUACAAAUUCUACUUUAUUUCGAAAACGCCGGCGGCCUCAGCUAGUCACGACUUUGUCGAAGGCGCAGGCGGGCGAUGCGAAGGUUGAAAAGCAAGAACAUAGUAGAAUCACGUCAGAUGUACCGAAUAUAGGGUUCUUAGAUGUAGUUCAGCGGCCAGCACAAGAAUCAAUCACGACAGGCUUUAUUGCGCAGCCUCACGCCGAGAUUGACGAGGAGUACGACGUCUAUAACCCGGAAGCGGAUCCUGACCCUGAGAGUCUCCCCGGCACUGACGCGACCAUCCCGCACUACGAGCGCGGAGACCGUCUUCGCACGCCCUAUGUGCUCUUUGAGAACGCGCACAACGAAAAGCUGUGGGAUAAGGGCGACGCAUCGGGCCUCGUUAUGUGGACCGAUGCGCAGUACUGGGACGCAAACGAGGGUGGAUUUGACGAACGCACCACUGACCUGUUGGACGCGGAGGUCACUGGAGUUGGCUUCGAUGACGGAGAAUCUUCAAGCGCUGAUGAAGAAGAAGAGGGCGGUGCCCACGUCGAUCGACGUGGGUUUUGUAGUGAUGAGCAGGACGGUGAUGAGAUAUACUAUCCACGACCCUCCGAAAGGAGCCAUAAGAGGACCACGGAUCUGAAAAAGUCGACGCAGCCCGGGAGCAAGAAGAAGCGACGGAAGGACUCCCAUCAAGUAGUUCGCAGUGCUGCUGAUUUAGAUUUUUAUAAUGAUGCUGUUGCUUCUAGAACUAGUACCAAUACGCUGCUGCCUGGAAGUCAUGUUUUGCAUGAUGUUAUUGAGCAGCCUGGUGUGAUAAUCGGACGCGCUGGCAUCGGGUUUGGAGCAUCUAUUCCACGUGCGGCCCUGGCAACUCAUCUUGCAUAUGGUGGUAGCUCCUCUUCCUCCUCGUCGCGUAAUUUUGCAAGUAGAACUACCGAGAAAUACAUCAAGAGCGCCGAACAUGUUGGGUCGAAGAACGCGAAUAAGUCCAGUGGUACGAGGACGAACAACGGGAUAGCGAAUCUGACUUCCCUUGUUUGUGAUGAAGCACAGCAAGUACAACAAUCACCUUCGGGUUCGGUGGAGCACCGCUUGCCGAUCACAAUACCAAAUCCAGAUGCGAAACGCGUGCAAACUUUUGUGGAUCGUGGGCUCAGGUACCCCAUUACUGGGCAGGACAAAGACGACAUUAUUUCCGAAUCGGAGAACAAUGAAGAUUAUGGAGCUGUGUCACGCGCAGAUGAGACAUUUACAGGGACGCACUUUGACAACUCAGGUGCCAAGCCUGGCACCACGCGGGGAUCCUUCAACCUGAAUCUGUGACUACUUUCUUGGCACAACACUUGGGUUCUCGAUGUUGUCUCAUAUAAAUUAGUUUUGCUGGUCACGGUAUUUGAUGAUGUCAUUGUCAACAGCAAGUACAACCUGUCCUCUACUUGAAGCAUGCGGAAAGAAUCCACAUGGCGGUGUAAGGAAGCUGUACUAGGUGUUUUAAUAUUGCCUACUGAAGACUUUGAUCUUGAAGACGUCCGUCUCGACGGCAACCAAUGACUUGCGGCCUUGUUCCCCACUCCUACAUUCGCCUUGGUCUUGUUGAUGCUUUUUCUCUAGUCUAAUUAAUAGUUUUGACGCUGUUGUUCUGGAUGGAAGAUACACAAGACAAGCAUCAGCGAUGAAAUGAUAGAGAUGGA